UAAUUAAAAACCAAAAGGAAAGAGGGAAUGGAUUGGAAUGGUAAUAAUCUCAGAGUUCCUUUGGUUUCUCGACCAGAGAAUUCGGCCUUCAGCUUCCUCUACAACUAUAACUACGAUCACUUUUCCGAAAUGAAGCAACCAUCAAUGCAAAAUACGAUGGUUCCGACUACGACGGACAAAAACAAUACAAGUAUGAUGAGUAUGAUGUACGGUCAAGACCCGAAGAAGAAACGGCUGAGCACGGAGCAAUUGGAGUCGCUCGAAAACAGUUUCCAAGAGGAAAUAAAACUCGACCCCGACCGGAAAAUGAAGCUGGCUAAGGAACUAGGGCUGCAGCCCCGCCAGAUCGCCGUCUGGUUCCAGAACCGGCGGGCCCGCUGGAAGGGUAAGCAGCUCGAACGCUUGUACGACGCCCUUAAGCAGGAGUACGACGCCGUUUCUAGGGAUAAGCACAAGCUACAACAAGAGGUUUUGGCUCUUAGGGCGAUGCUGAAAGAACAAGUGGUGAAUAAACAAGUUUCGACCGGGUACACGGAAGUUUCGGGAGAAGAAACAGUGGAGAGCACAUCGAUCCCGAAUUCAGACAAGGCGCAUGGGAUAACAACGACGACGAGUAUUAAUAAUGUUAAUCAAAUAAUUAUGGGAGAAUCCAGCUAUGCUUUGAACGUGGAUGACUACACUUCAGUUAUGAUGACUCCAUACAAUUGGGCUUAAUCUUGUCCUUAAGUUCAGUGUUGUGGAGGCUGCUUAAUUUAAUUUAAUUUAAUUUUCUGUUUAUAUCUUUAAUUAGGGUUUUCUUUCCAAACUUAAGAUGUUAUGGUAACCCUAAUUUUAAUUUCUAGGUACUAGUUAACAAAGUUAAGUUAGUUUGCAAGAGAAGAUUAAGAUCUCUCUCUCUCUCUCUCUCUCUCUCUCUCUCUCUCUCUCUCUCUCUCUCUCUCGUGUUUGUUAGUUAAUUAGAUUGCUAAGUGAGGGUUUGUAGUGACUAAUUAAUAUUUGCUUGAUCAAGAUCUAAUAUUUUAUUAUAAGAGACUCUAUUUAGUUCACA